AUGCCACGAAAGAAUAACAACAAGAACAAAAACAAAAAGAAUCGAGAGACUGAUAAAUUCAAGGAUGUAACAAUUGUAGGACCCGACUAUAUUCAAAUCUUGCAUGGGUCCCUAACAGAUCCACAACAACAACAACAACAAGAAAUCGCACUGAUUUUGUGUGGAGAAUCCCAUGAGGAUGCCAUCGAUGUGACGCGGAGAGGUGGCAAGUUUUCCGGCAAGGAAGGAUGGAUCGAUCAGUCUCGUGACUCGAUAUUCGCACCGACCAAAUAUGCCAAUAGCAAUCUAAGGUGUCGCCUGUUGGGGGCUCCCAAAAAGGGUCUGCCCUUGCAAAAGGCCAAGGAAUGGGCCAAGAAUCGAGUCGAAGAGUCGGACGAUGGAUAUUUUGUCACCUUGGUGUUGUUGUGGGUUCCAGACGAAGGAGGAGGAGGACGGGUCAGUAAAGGCAAGUCGUAUAUAUUGGAACUAGCGACGCAAGAAGAAAUUGGUGCUGACCAAGAAAAAGGCAGUGGAGAAGGCGAUGACGAGUCUACCGAAGGGGAAGACGAGCUUUGGAUCAAUCCCAAUGAAGAGACCGAGGAAUCAGUAUCAUUAUUGCCCAGUCAGGUACGGGAUUGGGUUCUAGGAGGACAUGUAGCCAUGCAGUCCUUUGAAUGGGGCGACCUCGAUGCCCAAGCCUUUGCUCUGAAUCAACGGCGACUGACCGACGAAGAGAUAUCGACGGAAGAACUCGAUACCAUUAUUCGACAGCGCCAACAAAAGCUGAAGGAUGCCGAUAAAAUAUGGACUUGGGACGACUGGUUUGCCCACCUUCAAAGCCAGGGAAAUGAGAAUGACGACAUGGACGUCCACUUGAUAUUGGAAGCCAGUGUUCCGCCAUGGGAAUUGGAUUUGCAUCGUCCUUCACCAGAGGAAAAGGACAAUAUUCAAAUGGGACCUGCAGCCGACUGCAUACGGAAGGUGGACCCAGACGAGGACCCAGACGAAGAAGACGAUUGGGAUCCAUCCAGCGAUGGAAUUGGUUCCUUUCUGGAUCAUGUGUAUCGCCGAUUCAUGGUCGAACAAUUGUCGACCCAGGCCAACAACAUGGAUCGACCUGAAACGAAAUGGCUUCAUUGUGUGGAUGUUCGUGAUCUUGGUUGCGAGGCGGCUAGCAGUACCGACUCGGUGCACAAGAAAUGGAAGGAUCUUCUUCACGAAGAAGAACGAGCAUACUUGGCAACACCCGAUCAAAACAAGGAAAAGUCCUUCUUGGAGUUGGAACCAAGUUCUACCAAGGAUUACAUCAAGUUUGUUCCGGAACCUCGAAUGAAUCCCGAAACAAAGUUUGUGGAAAACUUGCGCAAAAAAGGGAAAUUGCAAAACUUGGCUGCUUUGGUAGAAGAAGAACACGACGAAGAUGAGAAAGAAAAAGAACACCAAGAAUUCUCGUAUCCUUCCAUCGAAGGCUUCCUGGGCCAAAAUUCAGACUUUUUGUAUUAUUCCAAGCAUGUGAAAGUGUGUUAUAGUCCAUUCAUGGUCAAGUGUGUGCAGUCUUUGGAGAAUUGGGACAAUUUCUUCACUACUUUAUUCUUUGGUGGGAGCAUUCCGGAGGCCCUGUCGCUCUUGAAACUGGAGGGCAACACGGAGUAUAUGUACGUUCGCAGUCAAGUCCAAGACUUGGGAAAUGGCGAGUAUGGCUAUCGACCAGAUGGAGAAGAAUACAUUUCGUAUCCCUUUUUCCCCUCUUUUUUCUACUUGUGUGCCAAGGGCACUUCCUCCCCCACGACUUGGAUAUCCAACUUGUUCAACCGAGUGUACGACGACGCAAGUAGUCCGAACAGUCAAAUCCAUGCGCUUGCCAUUCAAAACUGGUGGAUGGGCAAGAUUCAUCGCAAUUUGAAAGAUCCAAAGGGUUCGGACGAUCCCGAUUGUGGCGGUGAAUGGUUCGAAGCCUAUUUGCAUGCGGUCCAUCGCGAGAUUUACAAUGACAUUGAUCGAUCGGAUGCUACUGCCUUAUUGAAAAAGAACAAAAUGCAAAGUCUGAGUGGCAACCGCAAACACGACAUUGGCAAAAUUCAAAUUCCCAAUGGCAAACAAGGGUUUGAAGAAAUGGUCGAAUCCUUUUCCAGCAAGACAAAGACUGGGAUUGAUCCGAGGGCGGAAGUCUUGUCCAAGAUUCUGAUUGACAUCUACACGUCGUGUCUGUUGGACAUUGCCGUGGCCCUGAAAGUUGCCGAGAUUGCUCAAACGUCCAAGCAAAAAAAGGUGGUGAUUGUCCUGUAUUUGGGAUCCGCUCAUACCAAAGAAGUGAGCAAGUUUUUUGUCGAAGGCUUGUUCUUUAAGCGUAAGGCCUUUUUGGGAAAGAUGGAAUACAAAGAGGACGAACAUCACAAGUUGGAGUUGCCAUCCUCACUCUGGAAUCCUUCGGAACUCUUUUCCAACAAGUAG